CCCAGGGCCGUUGUGAAGAGGGGCACAACCCUUGUGACCUCCCAAUGAGCAAAUGCCCUACACGUGUCACCUCUGAAUCUAGACAGGGCUUCCAGGCAGGAACACAGGCCUGAGGCUGUGGCGUCCUCUUCCAAGAGGGGCUGCCAGCACUCUGGCCGAGGAGAGCCUGCCUGGAACACAGCAUUUCCGCCACAGCUCAGCUCGGUGAGCAGCAAAGGCUGAUUCCCUCUCACACUCAGGUACCUGGAAUACAAGAAGGUCCCCAGCAGCAGCCCGCCGGAGUAUGAGUUCCUCUGGGGCCUGAGAGCCUGUCACGAGACCAGCAAGAUGAGGGUCCUGAGAUUCAUCGCCCAGCACCAGAACCGAGAUCCCCGGGAGUGGAAGGCUCAUUUUCUGGAGGCUGUGGAUGAUGCUUUCAAGAUUAUGGACAUGGAUAUGGCUGAGGAACAUGCCAGGGCCCAGAUGAGGGCCCAGAUGAACAUCGGAGAUGAAGCUCUGAUUGGACGGUGGAGCUGGGAUGACAUACAGGCCGAACUGCUCACCUGGGAUGAAGAUGGGGAUUUUGGCGAUGCCUGGGCCAGGAUCCCCUUUGCCUUCUGGGCCAGGUACCACCAGUACAUCCUGAAUAGCAGCCGUGCCAACAGGAGAGCCACGUGGAGAGCUGGCGUGAGCGCUGGUACCAACGGUGGGGCCAGCACCAGCGUCCUGGAUGGCCCCAGCACCAGUUCCACCAUCCGUACCAGAAAUGCCGCUAGAACUGGUGCCAGCUUUUUCUCCUGGAUCCAGUAAGACUGUCG